AUCCUGUAGCCGCCAGUGGUAACACAUUGGUGUUCUUUGAUAUUGGCUAUCGUUGAUGGCGAGCGUAAUGGCGAAGCCAAUGAAUUAGUGCCGUAUGAUGAUGACAGUUUUGCUCUUUCUGCUCAAUCAGUAUAUAAUUUGUCCGAAUAUGUAAACGCCAAUGAUUUCUAUUUGUUUACCUGUAAUGAUAUAUGCAAAGUGAUUAUUGAUAACGCGAACAGUACUUAGAACGAUAGUGCCAAGUAAAUUAAUCUUACAGGAAAUGAAGUUUCCAAUGUCCGCGAUUAUAAUUUUGAAUUUCAACAUGUGGAAACAUUGCGAUUUUGGUGGAAAGAAAUUGUAGUUAUGAUCUUUACUUCAGCUGUGUCAUUAAAUUUCCUGGUAGGGUAGCUUAGUCGAGGUGAACGAGCAAUUGUAGUAAUUGAACGUCAUGUACCCACACCAAGAGCCAUAUAGACAAAAUUUCUCUUCGAGUUUUCAAAGGGAUUUUGACAUGGUGAGACUUUUGGGUCGCGGAAGUUUUGGAGUAAUAUUUGAAGUCAAAAGCAAAGAGGAUGGUUAUCGAUAUGCUAUUAAACGUAUCACUUUACCAAAUGAAGAAGAGUCGCGAGUCCGUGUUAUGCGUGAAGUAAUAACUUUAGCCAAUUGCAAGCAUCCAAACAUUGUACGAUAUAUUCAGUCAUGGACUGAGACGCCACCGCCCGGUUGGCAGGAAGAGCAGGAUAGGCAGCAAAAUGAGCGUUGGAAGGAAGAGAAGCGUAAGCAGAAAGAGGAGCGUGGGCAGGAAGAGGAGCGUGGGCAGGAAGAGGAGUAUACGUAUUCUACGGGUACGAAUGAAAUACCCACCAGUUCUGACUGUGAAGAAUCUGUCAGUGCCGAUUCGCAAAGCAAUCACGGCAAUAACGAUGAGCCUAAGGACGGCAAGAAUAAUUGCAAAGAGCUAAUGCCAAUGGCUUCCAAGCCAUUGCAAAACAAAGUUUAUGUGUAUAUACAGAUGGAAGUGUGCUUCAAGUUCAACUUGCGCACAUUGCUAAAACCUGGCAAAUUGAAAUUUCGUGAUUACGAUAUACCCAGUUUUUUCCAUCAGAUAGUAGAUGCGGUAGAUUAUAUUCAUUCGAAAAGUCUAAUCCAUCGUGAUCUCAAGCCCAUGAAUAUUUUUAUAUCCAAGUGCGGUCUAAUAAAAGUUGGCGAUUUCGGCUUAGUUACUGGUAUGGCUGAUAAACCGAAUAUGAUAACAAACGAUGAAACGUGCUCAUCAUCAUCACGUUCUCAUCAUACCCAAGGUGUGGGUACAACUCCAUAUAUGUCGCCCGAGCAAUUACGUGGUUUACCUUACAACCACAAAGUCGAUAUUUAUUCAUUGGGUUUAAUAUUCUUUGAAUUAUUGGUAUACUUCGGUACUGAUAUGGAACGGAGCAAAACUUUAAGAUCAUUACGUGAUGGUGUUUAUCCUGAUAAGUUUGCCGAAGAACAUCCUCAAGAAUAUUCAUUGUUACGGGGGAUGUUAUCAGCCACACCAGGAGAACGUCCUGCUAUUGAAGAUGUGAAAGAACAAAUAAACGAAAUUUUAAAAAUACCUAGCGAUGUGGAGAUGAUGCUUAGAUGGGGGAUGGCCUUUGACCGUCUUAGAGCUGGGAAGUACUGGUAAUUAGAUCUAAGAAAAGUUUGUACAUUCA